CCUCUUUAUCCUGAGUCCUGACACCCACCUUCUCCGUUUGCCUCCGGUACGACCUCGAUCGAUCGGGAGCGCUGAGCGCUGCUCCAACUGUUUGCUUCAUCGCUACCUCUACGGGGUUUCCUUUUUUGAGAUUUGGGUCUUCUUCCCUGGUUCUGGGACGUCGGAUUGGGUGGGAUUAAGACUGGGGUUUAGGGAUUUUAGUGCCGCCUAUGGGCGCGGGUGCAUCCGUCGUUAUGAAUCCGGAGGGGGAGCUCGAGACAGGCCUGGGGGACCUCCCGGAGAGCUGCGUGGCGGCGGUGCUGCUCCACCUCCACCCGCCGGAGAUCUGCGGCGCUGCGCGGCUGAGCCGGACGUUCCGAGCCGCCGCGUCGGCGGACUUUGUGUGGGAAGCGAAGCUCCCGGAGAACUAUGCGUAUCUUUUGGAGAUGGCUCGCGGUGAUAAUUCCAGCUGCAAAAAGGAUCGCCUUUGCUUGAAGGAGGUGUAUUCUCGGCUGUGCCGGCCGAAUCCCAUUGACGGGGGCAACAAGAUAUUCUGGCUGGAGAAGAACCAGGGUGGGAUUUGCAUGUCGAUUUCGUCAAAAGGGCUACUGAUUACAGGGAUUGAUGAUCGGAGGUACUGGAAUUACGUCCCCACUAAUGAGUCCAGAUUCCAUGAAGUAGCUUAUCUUCAACAAACUUGGUGGUUUGAGGUUGACGGUGAAGUUGAUUUCCACUUCCCUGCGGGCAGUUACAGCCUAUAUUUCAGGCUCCAUCUUGGCCGACCUGCUAGGAGAUUUGGCUGCCGAAUCUGCAGCUUCGAGCAUGUUCACGGAUGGGACAUAAAACCGGUGCAGUUUCAGCUGUCGACUUCUGAUGGUCAGAAUGCUACUUCUCAUUGUUAUUUAGACGAACCCGGGAGAUGGAUUCUGUGCCAUGCAGGAGAUUUUGUUACUGAAAACUCCAACGUAGCAACCAAGCUCAAAUUUUCAAUGACACAAAUAGAUUGCACGCACACAAAAGGCGGAAUCUGUGUCGAUUCUGUCUUGAUCUAUCCCAAAGGUUUUGUGCAGGGUAAGAUCUUUAACUCAUGACAGCAUGGAGUCAUUGCAAUACACACAGUGAACGACAGGAAACUAGCACCCUUCCCCCUAGGCCGCGAGCAAUGUAGAUAUGGGAUCUGUAUCAUUUUGAAUCACAAGACAGAGUUGUGAGGUUUUGAUGAAGUUAAAAGGAUUGUUAUUAACUUAGAUCAUUAGGGAGAACAAUGGGAAGGUUCAGCUCAGUGACAACAGAACAGGAAGUGCAAUUUUUUUACUGUAAUCCAGUUCUGAAAAUUCUGUUUCAAGCUUACUAAAUUUACGA